UCCUAUGCCUCCAACAUGGUUUUCAGGCAUUUUGUGGAGGUUGGCCAGAUGGCCUACACCUCCUUUGGGCCUCAUGCUGGAAAGCUGGUAGCAAUUGUAGAUGUUAUUGAUCAGAACAGGGCUUUGGUUGAUGGACCUUGCACUGAGGUAAGGAGACAGGCCAUGCCUUUCAAAUGUAUGCAGCUCAUUGAUUUCAUCCUCAAGUUUCCUGACAGUGCUUGCCAGAAGUAUGUUCGGCAAGCCUGGCAGAAGGCAGAUAUCAAUACAAAAUGGGAAGCCACAAGAUGGGUCAAGAAGAUUGAAGCCAGAGAAAAGAAAGCCAAGAUGACUGAUUUUGAUCGUUAUGAAGUAAUUAAGGCGAAGAAAAUGAGGAACAAAAUAAUCAAGAAUGAAAUUAAGAAGCUUCAGAGGGCAGCUAUCCUGAAAGCUUCUCCUCAAAAGGCAUCUGUUGCUAAGGCUGCAGUUGCAGCUGCAGUAGCAGCUGCUGCUGCUGCUAAAGCUAAAAUUCCAGCAAAAAAGGUAACUCCAGCAGGCAAGAAGGCUCCGGCCCAAAAGGCUCCUUCCCAGAAAGCCUCAGGCCAGAAGGCAGCGCCACCUCCAAAAGCUCAGAAGAGUUAGAAAGCUCCAGCCC